AUGCGAGUUUAUUCCACGUGCACGACAACAAGCACGCGCACGCCACAACUGAGCGACCUCGCGCAGAGUAAGUGUGGUGGCAUCUAUAGUGCCACAUGGUUCUCGUCUCCUUCCUUCCUUAGUGUGGUGGCAUCUAUAGUGCCACAUGGUUCUCGUCUCCCUUCCUUCCUGGCAUCUAUAGUGGCCAGCAUGCUCUUCCUCGCACUCUCCUCCCUCGAGAUCACGUGGACCCGAGGGGAGCUACCACGGCAGCACCACGAGGAGGAUGCAGCUAUAGGCGCAGCCUGGCCCCUCUGCGCCCUGUCACGCACAACUCACUUACCCGCUGAAGAGCUUCCGCAGUCCCCCCAUCCCCCCGGACCCACCCCUCCUACAGAACCCCGCCCUGCCCUGCACCCCCUGCUCACACAGAGCCGCACCCAAUCCACCCCCCACUCGAGUAAGACGGCCUCGCAUUCGGGACCUCUGGCUCGGCAACGCGACCCCGAUGAACGAGACGGUGCCUCAAACGCCCCUGACGUCCCGAACCCAGCCGGAUGUUGUAGACCGGACAGUGUGAGCUCUCGCACAACGUCGUCCGUAACAUCGACUGCUCCUCUGACCACUCACCGGCUCACAUGGAAACCCUUGCCGACCCCGCCCCACCCACCCAACCCAACCCUAAGGACCCUAACCCCCCCUCACGCCAACAGCACCCUAAGACCCACCCCGCCCUCGCCACAGCAACCCAACACAGGACCCCCACCCGCCCCGCCGCCCUCCGCCACACAACCCAAAGACCCCACCCUGCUCACAACGCACCCUAACCUCACCCCGCCCCUGCCACAGCACCCUAAAAGACCCCACCCGCCGCUCACCACAGCAACCCUAAACCCCACCCAAUCCCCCUCAGCCACAGCACCCUAA